GACUACCCGCAAUCGUCGCGUUCCGAGGUUGUGGUUCUUGCCCGGAUCGGGCUUGCGGUCGCUAAAUGAUUGGGCGGUAGCCAUCUUUGCGGCGCAGUCUCGCGCCUUGAGUUUUGGGGGCGCUUAUGCUCCACGAUAAUGCUGUUAAGUAUCUAUCCUCUCAACGUGUAGAAUGCCUGAAUCUACUUCCGUUGCUUUGCAUUCCUUGCGUCGCGCUUCUUUUUCGUUUGCUCGUCGUGUAUUCUUUUCUUCGCGAUGGAUGCCAGUCUAGCGCCUGUGGCGCGAUCAAGCUUCCCGGAUACUAUUGGACCUAAGAAAUCAAACACUAUCAUUUCAAUCUUUGCGCGCGAUCCAGAGCACCAGAUAGCUGCCAAGACAUGGAAACCAUCAGCGCUGCGCGCACCAGUCCUUCUUUUGACCAUCACGAUUUGCUGGUCCCUGAUCGCCGUCCUGCAGGUGUUACUAGUGAGAAGCCAGCGGGACGAUGGUAUCAUUUUCGCACCCCGGAUUAGCGACCUUCCCCUGAGUAGAAGUUUUCUCUACUUAUAUUUCCCGACCAUCGUUGCAGUCAUCUUCAGCAUAUAUUGGGCAUGGAUCGAUCUAGAGACGAAACGCAUGGAACCUUACUAUCAACUCAGUAAAGAACAGGGUGCUCUGGGGAAGGACUCACUACUCCUACACUAUCCUUUCGACUUCAUACCCUUGGUCCCACUGAAGGCUGCUAGAGACAGACACUGGCCCGUAUUCUGGGCGUCUCUUGCUGUUGUCCUGGUGACUUUGGGUCUGGUACCUACCCAGGCCGGUAUCUUUUCUACGCAAACCAUCACUCGAAAUGUCACACUUCCAUUCGAUCGGUCAACGGCUUUUUUACCUGCCAAAGAUCAGGCAUCGAAUCUGACACUACGAUUUGCCCAAUCGACAUUCGCAAUUGCGGCUCUCAACGAAACUCUUACUCAGUACAUGGCGCGCAACUAUACACUUGCACCGAUUCGGCCAAAACCUUUGUCUUCUGACGCAUCUAUACCUCACGGAAACUGGUCCGCCCCAACAACGCUGUAUAGUGUAGAUUUGUACUGCGAACCUGCCACUAUUAUUACGAAACCAGGACGUGCAGGGUUUGCCAUCAAUAGCACGAACGGGUGCUCCUUCUCUCAGGGCUUGAAUGGCAAUAUCACUAUGGGUGCCAACAAGGCCUGGCCAGGCAGGCCAGUACUCAACAACAAAGAAUUCACUGCCAUGUAUGUGGGGUACUGGAAUCCUUUUGGGUUUGCCGAUUACUCUCUCGACGGUUACUGCCCAUCCACCAGUAACACUACUUUCUACGCUGCCAUUGGGCGCAACAAAGCCAGAGAUAUCGAUGCAGUACAGAAUGUCACCUCCAUCUACUGUUGGCCAACUUACUACCAACAAGCAGUAAUGGCAACUGUGGAUGCGGUCACCCUGGAGCCUUCCAUGGUCAAAAUUACUGGUGACAAGGAACCUUUAGCAUCACACUUGUUCAACACUACCCGCCUGGAGCAGUUGAUGAGCGCAAAAUCCCUUGGGGAUGAAGUAAGAGGGGAUUUGCUACCGAGUAAAUCUGUCCCGGAUUACAUUGACUCCAUCGGACGAACAAACCUGAGCCUGAGUAGUGGACCUAACGGCGCUGGUAUGGUGCAGCCAAUGGUUGGACUAGCCUUAGCUGUCAGCAAUCUGCCUUUGGAAGACUACUUGGACUGGAAGGUGCUGGCCAAAUCCUACGCAGAUGGAUACCGGUUGAUGUUUGCUCGAGCGAUGCGAGACGUUCUAGAUCAAGGCUUCCAGUCCUCCGAAGAUGUUACUGGUUGGGUGACGGACACCACGGAAGCUGUAGUUCUUGAACCCGUGUUUGUUUACAUUGUAGAGGGAUUCUUGGGCGCCGUAUCUAUUGCGACCAUAGCAUUACUAUACCUUUCGGUCACACGCACGAAAAACCUCCGCUCAAAUCCUAGCACUAUCGCAGCUAUUAUGGCAAUAGUGGCUGAUAACGAGCCACUGCUGGCUGAUAUCCAGGGACUGGACUGUUGCACGAUGGAGGAGAUCGAGGAACACCUUGGACACAAGCGCUACAAGCUCGUUGACGACGGCGCAUCAGUAGGAAUCGUCGAACUCGAUCAGUCCCCCGAGAUCAUCGGAGAAGACAACUGGUCGAUGCCAACGACGCGACGUCGCAAUAUACCAACCGAUAUCGCGAAGCCAGUGCGGCCCGUCGAAUUCAGCUUAUGGGUAGCUGGCCCUUUCGUCAGUGUAUUGAUUGCGCUAGCAAUAGUCCUGAGCGUGCUAUUCGCUAAAGCACAUAUGCAAGGUUUACCACUUCCUUCAAAGAACACGCUUGUACAAAACAUUCUCGAAAACUACAUCCCUACGGCCGUAGCUACACUUAUUGAACCAAUCUGGGUUCUGUUCAAUCGUAUGCUCUGCAUGCUACAGCCUAUUGAGGAGCUGCAAAGCUGUAACGCGCGAGCCAAGAAGUCUACUGAUCUCGACUAUGCUUCUCUACCACCACAGCUGGUUAUUCUCAAGGCUCUAAGAUCAAAGCAUCUCGUACUUGCUGCGGUUUGUACCAUGGCAUUGUUGGCAAACCUCCUGGCAGUGAGUCUUGCGGGGCUGUUCAAUCAGACCACCAUCGACAUGCAACACACGAUUUCGAUGAAGCAAACUUUGCAGCUCAAGUUUGUUCUGGUAAACGGAACUAUAGGCCCAGUAGGCGGUCAAAGCUUCGGUUCUGAUGUGGCAUCUGGUGCUUACCAAGGCAGCAACGGAGAAGAGCAAUUCUUGGUUGCCGAUUCUUUCCUCAGACAAGGCAUACCGCUGCCAGCGUGGACUGACCAGAGUAUGUUCUACCUUCCAUUUGCUCCACGGACGAACACCACAACGGGGAAUGAAUUUGAAGCUAGAACUAAGGCAUUUGGUGCAAAGCUUGAAUGUGCUACCCCCAGAUUUGACGGAAACUUCAAAGCCGGUAUCAUUAAACCGAUAUCGACGAGCGAAGCUAUUUACCCGUCGGUCAACAUCACAGUGACCACCAAUACUGGGAGGAGUGUCCAGUGCACCAAGACCGGAAGUUACAUGCGUCAAGGUCCGAUCUCCACGACUGAAAAUUCUUGCGUUUCGGGACCGAGCGCAGCUGAGUUCGUCCUUGUACUCGAACCGACGCUGAAUGCUACCCAGGCUGAUGCGGAGGUUUGCAUGGGAUCUAUCGUCAUGGGAUGGCUUCGAAAUCCCACUGGUUCCUGCGGAGAGAUCAAACCGAUACUUCUGAACGAGAAGAAUUCUGCGUUUGUACAUUGCCGGCCGAAGUUGAUCACCGGCUUUGCAACGGUUCGGGUAGACUCUAGCGGCCGACUCCAAAAGAAAGCAAGCAUUCUUACCCUGGACGAUGACCAGCCCAAGGAAGUCUUCAGCAACGGUCCGGUGAAUCUCAUUGGACAGUCCAACCGAUACUUGUUCAAAGCCGAUAGCCCCGGCUGGCACAAUGAUAGCUUUGCCGACGAUUUCAUGAACUACUUUGCUAGCCAUACGGCGAACAGUAGUCGGCUAGUCGAUCCUCGUCAAAACCUCCCAACGCUCGAGGAAAUUGAAGCACCUUUGAACAAAGCUUACUCGCUUUUGUUUGCAAUUUGGAUGGGGAUCAACAAAGACAAAUUGCUCAUACCGGAGGAAGCACAGAGCCCACACUCGCUCGAAGGCCAACGCAUAGAGCCAGAGAAGCGUCUCUUUAUUUCCACGUCCAUGUUUGCAAUCUCCGAGGCUAUCUUCUGCAUUUAUGCCGUUGUUGCGAUCAUGGUCUACAUACGCCGGCCUGGCCAGUAUCUCGCACGGAUGCCUACAUCGAUUGCAUCUGUGGUCGCCCUGGUCGCCGCCAGUAGCGCCGUACUAGACAUGCGAGGGACGUCUUAUCUGGACAGAAAAAGCCGCGCGCAGCAUUUGGAGAGAAUAGACGCGAGGUAUGGGUACGGAAGCUUUAUUGGUGGUGGAGACGGGCGCGUUCAUAUCGGCAUUGAGAAAACACCAUUUGUACGGACUAGGUCCAAAACCACUUGGCUGGAGAGGAAGGUUGGUUCUUGGCGUAAAGGAUCAAUCAGUUGAUGUCAAUCGCUAGAGGAACGUUCAUAAGAAUGCUUCGCAGCUGUAAUUUAGCGGCCGUCCAAUGAGAAGUCGGAUAUACAAC